UGUUAAGUCGUAAGAAAAAUAAGUAAGCAAUACUUGCAAUAAUUAUUCUUUAUAAAUUAGAAUGAUAUUGAUUUACAUAUAUAGAUAAAAUAACUCUUUAGAAUAGAUAGGAGAUGAGGAUGUGGUGGUCGAGAGUAGUGCCACGUUUGCGGCAGGCGGGCACCCGUGUCUAUGGGCAGUUCCAUGACCCUCUGGAACACGUGACCGGCAUAGAGAAGAGGGAGCUGCUGGCCCACCUCGCGGGGGACUGCGACCCCUUCCGCAUUAUGGCCAUCAAGCGAGGUCCAGGCACGCGUGAACGGCCAAAUCUCAUCCCCAGCGCUAACCAGCAACGUCUGCUCGGCUGCAAGUGCAACGACCACGUGAUGCACAUCGAGUACAUGUGGCUGCACAUGGGUGUGCCCAAGCGUUGCGGCUGCGGCUACUGGUUUGAGCUCUGCCCGGUUGCGCCGUUGUAAUAUACUCGUAGACGUAGAACGCAUUAAAAGCAGACCACCGG